AUGCUCCUCGGCGAGCUUCUCUUCGGCGCCGAUGGAAGACGGAGUGCCGAUCUGUCUUUUCCGCGCUGCCCUCCUCCUGCAGCGCCAUCUGCCUCACUCGACAUUGCCGCACCUGCGUCUGGAGCUAAGCGGCCACGCCUGCGCCGCAGCCGCCCGCCGCAGCACCUUACGCAGACAACCUUGGAUCUCGGCCGGGCGGAGCCAACGAUUGCCACGUGUUGCCCGCUCUGCCGCAUGUUGUAUACUGCCGAGAACGACGAGGACGCCGCGCUGCACAGGCGCUUCUGCCGAGAAGCGCGGCUUCGUCGCCGCGGCUGUGGCCCAUACGAUGUGCCGUCGUCCUUUACUGGUGCUUCCCGCUCGCAACGCGCUCGGACGGAAACCGCAGCGAGUCCGCUAGCGUCCCUGUCACGUCCGGCAGCGGUGGCAGUGCGCAUGCUGGAGGAGCUGAGUGGUGCAAGCUUGGGAUGUUCAUCCAGCCCUUUGCUAGCGAGCACCACAGCGACGGGACGGCGAGGUGGUCCGCGUCGUCGCGAGAGUGGGGCUCGCGGGGUUGCCAAAGCAACGUACACGACGACCGGCACGCCGAAUACGGCGGCAGAUGCCACAGUCUCCUUGUGCACGUGUGUCCUCCGCCCGCUUUCGCCGUCCUCCUCGUCGCCCCACCUCUCUUCACCGAUGGCGGUGUUUCGCAUCUCUUACAACGCGUGUGGUGUGACGGACAGCAAAGGAGACUGCACGGCGCUCAGGCUGUUGGAGCUGCUGGGCUUCACCCCAGUUGUACUGCGCGCCGCCGCCGAGGGUGCAGCUGCCCCGCAGACGGCGUCGUCGUCUGUCUUGUGCGAAACCGUCUCUGUAGUGCCGACGGUGAGGGACAGCGCUGCGUCGACUGUUCAUGUGGUAUGCGUGGUAGACACCCUGCUGCGGCUGCUGCUGUGCGCCGUGGUGGGGGAGUCGCGGAGGCGGGAGCAAGAUCCAGAGCUGUGCGUGGAGCGGCGCGCUGACGGGGCAACGGUGUGCAGCACACGUCGGCACUUCACGCACGGCGACGUAGCUGGGCUGUGGGUGCUCUCCCCUGCCGAGCUCAGCGCCGCGCAGAAAGCAUGGGAGAAGAGCACCGCGGCGCCGUUUGCAUCGACCCGUCAGAUGCUGGAGAGCUUGUUUGGUACGCGCACAGGCGGUGGUGCUUCAUCCUCGGCACGAUCAGCCGCCGCUGACGUCACCGAGAAGGCCCACGAGCGGUGUCAACAGGCGACUGGGGUCGCAAUACAUGCGCUGGCCGAAUACCUCGUGUACGGCAGCAGUCUGUGCCCUUCGCGACAACUCUCCUAUUCACAGGCGGCCCUCGCAGCGGCAGAGUGCCUGGGCUCCGGCUUUAUGGAGCAGAGCUUGGCAGUCGCUUCCUCCUGCUGCCCCGCCGGUGCUACGCCUACACCACGCGAAGACAUGGCAGAGCCGCAGCCGCUGUACACACACGGCGACGGCGACGACGGAGGCAGCGACAGUGACGACGUCAACGAAGAUGUCAAUGGGGUCAGCGGCGAAUGA